AUGUUGCAUGCGGGGAACAACAAUAAAAAUGUUUUUAAGGCGUUGAUUGCAGCGGAGUAUGCUGGUGUGGAAGUCAACCCCAUCGAGUCUUUUGAGGUGGGGGUUUCUAAUAAGACUCUUAAAUUUCUUAAGAUGAACCCAAUGGGCAAGGCUCCCAUGUUGAAAACACCUGAAGGUCCCAUAUUCGAGAGCAAUGCUAUAGCACGUUUUGUUGCUCAUUUGAAGGGAAAUGACAUUCUCUAUGGCACUUCACUAUUUGAAUAUGAACGCAUAGAGCAAUGGAUCGAUUUUGUGAUUUUGCAUCUCUUGAAAUUGAUGCCCACAUUAGUCGGUGGUUCUACCCUAGACUGGGUUUCAUGGUCUACCUUCCCCUAG